CCCUUUCAAGUGGGCGUGUUCACUAAGACCGGUGAGGAGAAGAUCGGGAACGCGCACUUUCGGGAAGUAAAUAUACAAGAUGAUGGCGGGAAGUUUCGAGAAGUUCAUCAGUACGGGCAAAGGAAAUGGCCUGCGGGCUACAAGGCGGCUGAAUGCUGGGGUCACGGUAGCGAGCAUGCAACCUUACGUAUACACCGUAUGCCGCGGGAAGAAAUACCGAGCAGCAUGUGACUACUGCCUGCGCAGGAGUACAAGUCUUCAGCGAUGUUCUCAGUGCAAAUUUGCCAGAUACUGCAAUUCGACUUGCCAGAAAGCUGCUUGGCAAGAUCAUAAAAGAGAAUGUGUAUGUCUUAAGAGCAUCUUGCCCAAUGUUCCUACAGACUCUGUCCGGUUGGUUGGCAGAAUCAUCUUUAAACUGCUUCAGCAGUCAGACUCUACUUCAGAAGAGCUCUAUUCAAUAUCAGAUCUUCAGUCCCAUAUUGAAGACCUGAGUGAAGACAUGAAAGAAGGCCUCCGGCAGCUUGUUACUGCUUUGGAGCUCUACAUAAGGAAAGAAAUACAAGAUUCAUCUCAGCUACCCCCUGGAUGCAACAUUCUCGAGUACUUCGGCAAGGUGACCUGUAACAGCUUCACCAUUAGUGAUGGGGAGAUGCAGGACGUUGGUGUUGGCCUGUUUCCCAGCAUGUCCCUGUUAAAUCACAGUUGCGACCCAAACUGCGUUAUUGCAUUUGAAGGAAGAUAUCUCAACCUACGCACUGUCAGAGAAAUCCCAAAGGGCGAAGAGCUAACGAUCAGUUACAUUGACGUGAUGAUGCCGACACACCAACGCCAGAAUCAGCUCAAGCGCCAGUACUGCUUCACCUGUAAUUGUCAUCGGUGCUUGUCAAAUGAUAAGGACAAAGACAUGCUGGCCGGAGAUGAGCAGGCUUGGAAAGAGAUGGAAUGCUCACUUUCAAGACUUGAAGAAAUGAGAUCCCAAGAUAAAGGAGAGGAGGCCUUAGAAAUUUGUAAGGCCCUGCUCAAAACCAGCCAACUACCAGACAGGAACAUCUAUCAGCUCAGAAUUCUUGACUUUGCCAUGGAUGUCUGUAUUGAUCUGGGACACUGGGAAGAAGCUCAACACUUUGGCUUACGAACCUUGGAGCCUUAUGGCCUGUACUAUUCCAAUUAUCACCCGGUGAAGGCAAUCCAAAUGAUGAAGGUGGGCAAGCUGCAACAUUAUCUAGACCAGUUUCCCGAAGCAAUGAAAACACUGAAAGAGGCUUUAGCUAUAAUGACAGUAACGCAUGGGAAAGACCACAGUUUGAUGAAGGACCUGACAGAGCUUCUGCAAGAUUGUACCAUUGCCAUGAAUGCAGCAUAGACACGAGAACCGUUCUCUUCUCAACAAGAUAUUUUUUUACAUUUUUAACUGCUUUUCUUUAACAUGACGUAAUCAUUUUUUAAUAAUGAUUGUUAAAUUCCAAAACCAAGUUUCUGAGAACUCUUCCUCUGUA